CGAGGGUGCAAGAUGUAUGGAACAUGGAUGCAAGUGAAAGGAUCGAAUUGGAGAUUGACGAAUUUGGAGUUCCGUGUGGUGGCAAGCCAUCUCUUUUUGCAUCCUUUCUUGGGACGAUUGCAAAGAACAACACCUUGACUCCACUGUCGAUAGAGCAUUGGAAAAGAAGAGAGUUCAAACCAUUUCACCGGCAAAUACUGAAAUCACCAAGGGUGCCACUAGUGCUCCUACUCCAUCAAUGGGAUCUCGAG